UGGGGUGGGGUGAGGGGGGGGGAGACUCGCAGCUUGAUUCGGGGUGUCACCAGCCCAGAGGGGCACAGACUGCGCGGGGGUGGCACGGGUAGUUGGGAGGCGGACGGACGGGGAGCUCGACUGAUACGGUGACAGCAGGGGGACGCUCCCGGGGACAGUGACACCCCCCAGGAGGCACAACCGGGCGCUGGGAAGCCGGGACUGCCCCCGGCGCGACGUGCGGCGGAGCGCGGCUGGUCCCCCCCCGGGGCGCGGGGCCGGUGGAGUGCGGGGACCGCCCCACAACCGUUCCGCGGCGGCCUUAGGGCAGCGCGGGGCCCCCGCCGUGCGGCCGCGCCAGGGAUGAGGAGCCGGGGCUGCGGCGCGGCCGGACCCCGCGGGCAGCACCGGCCGAGAGCGGGCACCGGCGCCGGGACAGCGGAGGAGCAGCGGAGGGAUUUGAAGCUGGGCCAAACGGCAGAGGGAAAUGUGACCGUCGCCGCACCGAGCCCGGGAGCGAAGGGAACGCUGCGCCGGAGGGGAGGCAGCGGGACAACCACGGAGCGAGGAUCGCGGGGUCCCCCGUCCCCACGCUGCGGGGCUGUGAGCACCGGGAGCCGCUCCGCCUGGGGUCGGGGACCCCGUCCUUUCCACCGGUCCUCAGCGCCCAUCCGAGCCUGAUGAGGAGCUCGUGAACCUAUGCAGACCAGGAAGAAAUACAUUUUCCUGACUUUCCUCGCCUUUUGGCUUCUGCUUUUCUUCUUUGGAGGAGAGCAGCUGCGCCGUUUCGCUUUCUUUCCCAGGAGGAACGCCCCAGCCCGCAGGAGCUGGCCCCGCUGGGCGGAUCGCACCCUCCUGCCCAGCUUUGCGGAGCCCCGGGAGCUGCAGGGUGACGAGGACGCAGCGCAGCCCUCGCCCCGGGCCCGGCGAGCGGCACGGCUGAGCACAUCCCAGGGCAGCCGGUGCCGCAUGGAGAGCUGCUUCGACGCCUCCCGCUGCCGGGAGCACGGCUUCAAGGUGUUCACGUACCCGCGGGAGCGCGGCGAGCCCGUGUCGGAGAGCUACGGCAAGAUCCUCGCCUCCAUCGAGAGCUCGCGCUACUACACGCCGCGCCCCGAGGAAGCGUGUCUGUUCGUGCUGGGCAUCGACACGCUGGACCGAGACCCCCUCUCAGCUCACUACGUCCGCAGCGUGGAGCAGAAGAUCCGCGCCUUCCCGCUGUGGAACAGCGGCCGCAACCACCUCAUCUUCAACCUGUACGCGGGCACGUGGCCCAACUACACCGAGGAGCUGGGCUUUGACAUCGGCCACGCCAUGCUGGCCAAGGCCAGCUUCUACAGCGAGAACUUCAGGCCCGGCUUCGACGUCUCCAUCCCGCUCUUCCCCAGGGAGCACCCGCAGCGCGGCGGGCAGAGCGGGUGGCUGCACCGGGACUCGGUGCCCCCAAAAAAGAAAUAUUUGCUGGUGUUCAAGGGGAAGCGCUACCUGACCGGGAUCGGCUCCGGCACCAGGAACGCGCUGCAUCACAUCCACAACGGGCGGGACAUCGUGUCCCUCACCACCUGCAGGCACGGCAAGGACUGGGAGAGGCACAAGGACACGCGCUGCGACCAGGACAACAUGGACUAUGAAAGGUUCGACUACCAGGAGCUGCUGCACAACUCCACCUUCUGCAUCGUGCCCCGCGGCCGGCGCCUGGGCUCCUUCCGCUUCCUGGAGGCACUGCAGGCCGCCUGCAUCCCAGUGCUGCUGAGCGACGGCUGGGAGCUGCCCUUCUCUGAGGCCAUCGACUGGGGCAAAGCGGCCGUGGUGGGCAGUGAGCGGCUGCUCCUGCAGAUCCCCUCCGCCAUCCGCUGCAUCCGCCCGGAGCGCGUGCUGGCAUUCCAGCAGCAGACCCAGUUCCUGUGGGACGCGUACUUCUCCUCGGUUGACAAGAUCGUGCACACCACGCUGGAGAUCAUCCGGGACCGGCUGCUCCCGCACCGCUCGCGCUCCCGCGUCCUCUGGAACACGCUGCCCGGGGGGCUGCUGGCACUGCCCGACUUCUCCACGCACCUCGGGGACUUCCCCUUCUACUACCUGCAGCACGGUAGGACUCCACACCUCAGCGUGCGCCAUGUGCCCGGUGCCUGCCCCCACAUGUCUCCUUUUCCCCCACAUCGCAGGCUCCAGCCCUACAGACAAGUUCACGGCACUGCUCCGGGCUGCCCCCCCGCUAGGCUCCCUGUCCCAGCCCACCGUCAGGCUCAUCCAGGCCGUCUCCAGGUCCCAGUACUGCGCGCAGAUCCUGGUGCUGUGGAGCUGCGAGAAGCCACCACCACCGCGUGGGACGUGGCCGCAGAUCACUGUGCCUCUGACCAUCAUCCAGGGCAGGACGAAGCCAUCAGGACAGACGCGGUGCUCAGCCUGGAUGAGGACACCAGCCUCUCCACCAGCGAGGUGGAUUUUGCCUUUGUGGUCUGGCGCAGCUUCCCUGAGCGCAUCGUGGGCUUCUCUGCGUGGAGCCACUUCUGGGACCCCGAGCAGAAGCGCUGGGGCUACACCUCCAGGUGGACCAACAAGCUCUCCAUCGUCCUCACCACCGCCGCCUUCUACCACAGGUACCCGAGCGGAUGGGGAGGGCCCUGUGCGGUGGUGAGGCUGAGGCCUGCCCUCCUCGUUCUCCGCAGGUAUUACCACAGCCUCUUCACGGAGUACCUUCCCGCGGGGCUGCGGGAGCUGGUGGACAGCCUGGCUGCCUGCGAGGACAUCCUGAUGAACCUGCUGGUGGCUGCUGUCACCAAGCUGCCGCCCAUCAAGGUCACGCAGUGGAAGCAGCACAAAGAGGCUGCGUCCCAGCCGGAGAAGGGCACGGCGGCAGGCGGCACGCGGCGUUUCUCCCAGCAGCAGGACUGCCUCAACCAGCUGGCGGACUGGUUCGGCUCCAUGCCCCUCGUGUCCUCCCAGCUGCGCCUCGACCCCGUGCUCUUCAAGGACCAGGUCUCUGUUCUGCGCAAGAAAUACCGCCACUUGGAGAAGCCCUGAGCUCAGCCGUGCAGCCUGUAUCCCCGCACAGACCUCACAGGGCAUGGCACAGCCCUCCUGGACCCAGCGCUGCCACGGGGCUUUAUUCCUGAUUGGGUUUUACCAGUACAAUAAAGGUCGGUGGAGGUGCAAAGUC